CAGUAGAUAAUUUACGUACGCUUUCAAGCACCAACAAUAUUGUGCAGUUCCAGAUUGAUCUGAGAAAUCCCCAUCGAAAUGACUACAACGGCUCCCCUGCUUCAUCCGGCGGGAGGCAGUGCCGCAAGUAACGAAUGUCGCAUGCUGCUGAAUGUGGCUCGGUACUACGAUGUUAUAUCCAAGCUAGUCAACAUUCUGGAUGAAUUGGUUCCCCCCGUUGUCGUCGCUGCCAGUCUCCAGGUGAUGCACAAGCCCGAAUCUCAGUCGAUCCUGAUUUACUAUGGUGAACCGGAUUGGGAAAGUAAACCGGAUCAUUUAGAAGUACAGAAAGUUGAACAAGACCUUGUGCCGGAACAACUUGUGCAUGAGGAAGUUGUGAGUGUAGGAGAAAUGAUAGAAGAAUUACCGGAAGAUGUCAUCAUUGAAGAACAAGGCGAGGAGGAUCUCAUCUACAUCGAAGAAGAGCAGCUGGAGUCGGGGAAUAUUGCGGAAGAAGGCGACGAAAUUCAUGUGGAGGAAAUCGAUUUUGUGAAAGAUGAAGAACAGUUGGUUGAGCUUGUUAGGAGUGAUCAAAUCGAGCUUGAUCCCAGUCAAAUGGGAGACGAAUCAGAUGCCUCAGAGUAUUACGUUGAAUAUUUACAGGAUGACAAUGAAAUCGAUCAGGGAGACGCGAGUCAAACGUCUGAAGCCACCGAUGCAGAAUGCUCAGAUAACGUAAAGAAAGAACAAACGACUGUUAAGUCCAAUAACGUUUUUCUCGUACGAUACAAAUGUCAAUUUUUGCAGUGCAGUAAGAAGUUUAUGUUCGCUAAAGACUACGACGAACACCUUCGACGGGAUCACCCGGGAGUUGUAAGUGCUCCAAUACUUCUGCAGUGCAAACACAUAGAUUGCACGGUAACAUUUGAUGAUACGUACAAAUUGCAUGUUCAUCACAAAAAACAUAAGAUGUCACCAAGUAGAAAAGUAUCCCUAACGUGUUCAGCUUGUCAGAUUAAGUUCAGUUCCAAAGCAGCGUUACGGCGACACGCGAAGGAACACCCAAAAGAUACUCUGGUAAAAAGCAUCAAACAAAACUUCAAGCGCAAGUGUCAGUUCUGCGACGAGAUUCUGGAUCCGAAGAUCAACGUGUACAAUAUUCACUGUUUGGAGAAACACGGUCAUGCUCCGUACAAUUGCUUCAUAUGUGGAAAAGAAUAUUUUUUACUAACACACCUCAGCGAACACGUUAAAGCCGGUCACAAUGUAGAGUCGGUGCAAAAUUUCAUCUCGCAAUCACUGUGGAGAUCGUUCUCGAUCGACGACGACGAUGUCAUGGUGAAUGAAUGUCGCAUGUGUUUCCGACUGUUUGCUUCUCCCAAAGCUGAACUGCAGCACCAGGAGAACCAUCUGAAGGAACUGUCCAUAACCUGUGCAAUCUGCGGUGGGAAGCACUACGAAAGUCAAUGCAGUGAACCGCGGCCAAAAUUUACGUCGGUCUACGAAAAAGUCCAAUGCGGCCAAUGUCAGCGGUGGAUGUCGAAGAAGAACAUUAAGGAGCACAUGGCAACGCACACUAGUGAACGCAACUACCCUUGUACGGUUUGUAAGAAAACGUUCAAGGUGCAAAGGACCGCUCACCGGCAUAUACAGAAUCAUAUAAAUGCGGACAACAGGCUGCGCAAGUGCUACGACUGCGAGGAAGAGUACAUCGAUGAGGACUUUCUCGAGCAGCAUUACAAACAAGCCCACCCGGAUAAACAACCUUUCAAUUGUCUGAUCUGUAGGCAGGGUUUCUAUCGGAAAGCUCUUCUGGGUGAUCAUUCCCACACGCACUCGGAUGAGGAGAGGCGGAGAGUUUCGGUGAAGAACCCGGUUGAACACUACCAGAUUGGCAAUGCCAGGGUGUACGAGUGUACCCUCUGCCGGCGGAGCUUUUCGGCCAAACGGACGACGGUGGCCCAUUUUAUCGUGCACACAGAUCGUCCGUUUGUGUGCGAGCACUGCAAGAUGUCUUUUCGGGUUAAAACGGCUUUGGAGGAUCAUUUGCUUGAUGUGCAUAAAGUUAAGGUAGAAUAAACUAUUGUUGGUU